UAACCGUACCGUUUACGCCUACAAUUGCGGACCCAAAUUUCACGUUGUAGCAUAAUAUUUGUUCCUCUUUCGAUUUUUAACACUCAGCUUUUUCCGUCGGCGGCGAAACCUUUGCUCCGGCGAAUUAUCGGCGAUCGCUUUUCAAUAAUCGAGCUACGGGGCAUAUGUGGAGAUGCUGACAUAUAUACAUGUGGCCCUCUGUUUUCAUGCGAGGACUAAUAGACAAGACUCAAGCGUGAGGAAAGCCUUACAGUCAUCUUGCUGCUGAUACUUCAAAAAAGAACAUCAAGAGUUUUGCAGGAAUAACACCAGUGGCUCUAGCAAGAAAUGGAUGCUGGUCGAUAUGGCCCCCAUCAAGGAUGGGAAAAUAACAGCGCUUUGGAGGGUUAUAGAGGAGUGCACGAGCCAGAUUUCCGGGCUGGUGGUUCUUAUGAUGAUAGGAGGUUUGUAGAUGAUAGAUUUUCAAGGGACGGUGUUUACCCACGGGGCGCCUAUCACCGUGAUAUACUGGAAGGAGAGCACUACCCUCAUCCGCCACCAGCAGUUGGACAUUGGCCUCAAACAAGGAGAAGAAGUUAUGAAGAAGAUUACCCUGUGGAGAGGGAUUCCAGGAGGCAUGAGAAGCCGUACGUUGAUUCAUAUCACGAAAUUCGUGAAGCUGAUAAGUAUCAUGAGAUUAACACAUUCAGAGAUGGUUAUCGCAGUUUUGACAACUACCCUGAUACUGGAUUUGACAGGCCUGCUAGGUAUGGGGGACGGGAGCAUGAUGACCUCUAUGAUGAUUAUGACUACAGACAACGUAUGGCGCACCCCAACAGGGAGGAUAGCCGUGAAAGAGACUACGAGUACAGCAGAUACAGUUAUGAAUCAGACUAUGAACGAGGCAGUAGGAGAGAUGGUAAUUGGAGACGACGUGAAUCCCGCGAGCGCGAACGUGACAAAGAAUCGAGUCGUGAGAGGGAUCCGAGUCCAUAUAAAAGGCACGAGUGUUCCCGUUCACGUUCUCGAGGUCAUGAUGAUCACCUGAGGUCAAGGUCUCCUCGAAGUCGAAGUCAUAGUCGCAGUCAUAGAGAGGACAGUUAUGAUGAUGGCCGAUACGAUAGAAGUGAGAGACGAAGAGAUCGUGAUGAUAAAAGAUACCAUGACAAUUAUUCUGUGGCUCCUUCAGCAACUGUUGUUGUCAAAGGUCUUUCACAGAAAACUACUGAAGAAGAUUUGUAUCAGAUCCUUGCUGAGUGGGGGCCCCUACGCCAUGUUCGUGUGAUCAAAGAACGAAAUUCUGGCGUUUCUCGUGGUUUUGCUUUUAUUGAUUUCCCUUCUGUGGGUGCGGCUCAAGCAAUGAUGGACAAACUUGGGGAUGAGGGUCUAGUUGUGGAUGGUAGGAAGCUUUUUUUCGAGUACAGUAGCAAGCCAACUGGAGGGCCUGGUGGUCUAGACAGUGCUUCAAGAUCUAAUCAUGGUCACCAUCGGAGCAUCACUGUUCCAUCUGAUUGGAUGUGCACCAUCUGUGGAUGCGUGAAUUUUGCACGGCGAACAUCUUGCUUCCAGUGUAAUGAGCCACGGACAGAUGAUGCUCCUCCAGCAGACAUGGCAUCAUCCAACUCUAGUACUCUGGGGAGGAGAGGCGAAGCAGGUCCCACACAUGUCUUGGUUGUCCGUGGAUUAGAUGAAAAUGCAGAUGAGGAAAUGCUUCGUUAUGAAUUUUCCAAACAUGCUCCUAUUAAGGAUCUUCGUCUUGUCAGAGACAAGUUCACUCACGUCUCGAGGGGAUUUGCUUUUGUGCACUUCUAUUCGGUGGAGGAAGCUACUAAAGCUCUUGAAGCAACAAAUGGGACAACUUUAGAGAAGAAUGGGCAGAUUCUUAGAGUUGCGUAUGCAAAAAGCAUCCUAGGACCGGGAUCAAGUGGUUCUCAGGCUAGUAGCCUUGCUGCUGCUGCUAUUGAAGCAGCAACUUUUGCUCAACAGUAUGAUGCUGUUGGAUGGGCACCAAAAGAGUAUAAUCCUGAUGAUAAGUUGUCUACUGGUGGACAAGAGCACAGUGGAGAAGUUGCUGGUCAAAAUUCUGCUCCAUCAUCUGGAUUUGUCUGGGAUGAAGCCUCUGGGUAUUAUUAUGACGCCGCUUCUGGUUUUUAUUAUGAUGGAAAUACAGGGUUGUAUUAUGACGGUAACAAUGGACUCUGGUAUUCUUAUGAUCAGAAGACUCAGCAAUAUGUACCCUGCACAAAUCAGAAUGAAAGCAAAGCAGCAGCAGGACCAACUGAAACUGCCAAGUCAUCAGAUGGCUCAAACACUAAGAAAGUCGUUAUAUCUGCACCAGCUUCUACAAUAGCUGGUGAGAAGGCUGCCUCACUACCGGACGCUAUCCAGGCUGCUGCCUCUGCAGCAAUAGCUGCUGAAAAGAAAGAGAAGGAGAGGGCAAAAGAGAUAAAACUUGCGUCGAAAAGCAGUAUCCUUGCCAAUAAGAAGAAAAUGAGUAAUGUAUUGUCAAUGUGGAAGCAAAGAAGCCAUGAAGGUCAAGCCCCCCGUGUGGCGCUUGAAGACAACCAGACCACGGGUGAAGACAGAUCUAACUCAGUAGGACCCACUGCAAAGGCCAAGUUAAAAGCUGAGACCUUGACGACUAGAGAGAAUCCUACAGCCAAUUCAGGACUUGUAGGAAGCUCAACUUUUCAAUCUGUGAGUUCUGAGUCUCAGGAUAGGCCUAGGUCUCUGACUAACAGCUCUGGGGGCACUCUAAAGGGUGUCAUAAGAGGUUCUGGUUUAGGGGUGGUGAAAUCAGAUACUCUAUAUACAGGAUCAUCUGGAAGUGCACCCACGUCACACUCCAUGCCACCAACCUCAGGUCCAUCUUCAUUAACAAAUGCAGAUGCCACUGCAGCACCCUUUAGGACUGAUGCAUCUGCAUUGGGUGCGUAUACACCCCCAGUACCAUCUGGUAGUAAAAGAAGGUUCUCAGAGAUGCCAUCACAGCCUCCUCCGUCUAUCAAGGAACAGUCUCAAACUACAUACCGAGAUCGUGCUGCUGAGAGGAGGAGCUUAUAUGGUUCAUCUUCAGCUUUUGGAGAUGAUGCAUCAGAUCAUGGAGAUUCAAAUCGGGAUUCAACAUCCAGAAGAGGUGUUUUUGAUCCAACUCCUUUCCCGCCUGGUGUUGGAGGUGGACGUAGUGCGGAAGCAAAUAGUCAGAGCUUUGAGGUUAUCAGUGCUGACAGGGCUAUCGAUGAGACUAAUGUGGGCAAUCGUAUGCUCCGCAACAUGGGAUGGCAGGAGGGCUUGGGAUUGGGGAAGGAUGGAAGUGGUAUGGUAGAGCCAGUCCAAGCUCAAAGCACUGGACAUAGAGCCGGACUGGGAAGUCAGCCCAAGAAGGUGGUGGACCCAACCCUUGAAGUACAGUCUGGUGACAGUUACAAGACACUCAUACAAAAAAAGGCUAUAGCUAGGUUCAGAGAGAUGUCAUAAAUGGAGAAGAAAUGUAUUACAACCACGCCAGGAUGGGGACUGGAGAUGUUCGGUUAGAAAUGUUUCUGAUUAGGUUAGUUAGGUAUUUUGUUGAUUUCUUUGUUAGUUUUUCAUUGUGCUGUUGGAUUCAGAAACUAUUUAAAAUGUUGAGGGUGAGACACUGGUUUUCUACACCUCUUUCUGUACUUGCCUUGUUCGAUGAAUGCUGCAGUCAGGUUAUCUCACUUGUGUACCCGUUUGCAAUGUAAAAAAGGUUCCCUCUUAA